AUGACUGCUGCAAGUGUUCUAUUUCCAGCUCGCACUUUACUGUCGCGCAGUGUCCGCCCCGCAGCGCCGUUGGGUAUAAUAUCGUCCACUCCCUCCCUGACUUCUAAACUCCAACUUCGACGUCCAUCCCAGUUGUCAUCUGCUACUUCUACUCUACCGUCCAGGUCCUUCUCGUAUACCUCCCGCAAAAUGUCUACCUCCGACGCCGUCAUCAAAGCUGUCCAGGAGCGCCGCACCAUCUACCAGCUCGGCAAGAACAGCCCCGUCCCGACUCGAAGAUCGAGGAGCUCGUCAACACUGCCAUUCUGA